UUUGACAUCAAUUUUAAAUUCAGGCUUUAACACAACAAAAUGUGGAAAAAGUCAAGGGGUUUGAAUACUUUCUGAAUGCACCGUAGUUAACUUGACUUCUUUACUGGUCCUGUCAGUAGUUAUUAACCUAUAUUGUGAUGGCCGUCAGUGUCUGUUGGAAGUUGGAAAACGUUCUUGUACUGUAUCGUUUUUUUCCAUAAUUUGUCGUUUGUCGUGGAAUCAUCAGUUCUGGUUUCUCCCUGCUUUCUAUAAUUCUAAACUUUACUGGCGCCUCAAAGUAGAGAAGAAGAAGAAGAAGGUGUCCAACAUUGACACCUUACAGGAACAGAGGAAGAACAAGAAAGAGAUGGAGUUUGAGCUGAAGCUGGCUGCAGAGAAGGAGGAAAUGUAUGAACGAGAGAAACAGCUGAAGAUCAGUAGACUGGUGCAGGAGGUGUCAGAGACUGAGCAGGAGGAUCUGGAGGAGUCGGAGAAGGUGCAGCACUGGGUGGAACGUCUCUGUCAGACACAGCUGGAACAAAUUUCCUGUGUAGAGAACGAGUCCCCAAAGGUACACAUAGAACCCCCUUUCCUAGAACUAUGUAGAACUACCCUCCCUAUAACUAUGUGGCACCACCUCUCCUAGAACUAUGUAGAACCACCCUUCCUAGAGCUAUGUAGAACCACCUCUCCUAGAGCUAUGUAGAACCACCUCUCCUAUAACCAUGUUGAACCACCUGUCCUAGAACUAUGUAGAACCACCUGUCCUAGAACUAUGUAGAACCACCUUUCCUAGAGCUAUGUAGAACCACCUCUCCUAGCACUAUGUAGAACCACCUCUCCUAGCACUAUGUAGAACCACCUCUCCUAGCACUAUGUAGAACCACCUCUCCUAGAACCCCCUUUCCUCUGUGUAUCAGUGAGGACUACCUGUGGUACUAUCGCAUAUGAUAUUUUCUAUUUGUAGUAACUCUUCAUCAUUUAAUGUUUUUUCCCUUCCGUUGUUAACUGAUAGAUUUGUGGUAGGAUACAGUGAGUCAUUUAUCUUGUUAUUCAAAGACAAUGAUUGUAGUGCAGUCACAGUACUCUGGGACUGUCUGUGUGGAGUACAGAGAUAGCGCUGUUGGUUGUGAGUGUCUGAGUGGCAGGGCUUGUCCUUCAGGUGUCCCCUCCUUGCUCUCCUGCCUCUGGGCCCAUGGUGAGGCGUUUCUACCGGGGGUCUCCAGCUGGCCACCACUGACCUGGAUGAUUUCAACUUGGAUGAGGUGGACCAGAGUCUGAAAGGGCCCCUGAAGAGACUGGCCCCCACCCAGCCUUCUUCCUCCCAGCCCCCACCAACCCUACCUCUCCCUCCACUUUCCCCCAGACUCAACCCCGCCAUCCCCA